ACCACUGACAGAAGAAGGUUCUCAGUCUGAAGGAUUGGGAUCCAGGAGGGACCAGCUCCGGUUCUGGAGGGACUCACCGCCACCUCCUCAUGUUCUGGUGUUCUCCGUGACACGGUGGAGCAGUGGAGGGGUGGGGGCGGAGCCUCCGGGCUGUAAUGAGUAACCUGGAUGAUCCUGAUGAAGGUUCAAAGCUCACCUGACUGACUGGACCGGAUCCGUCCUGGUCUCCUGUUCUCCUGUUCUCCAUCAGCGUUUCAGACAGACGGAAUGGCGUCCAGAUCAGAGGAGGACUUCUCCUGUCCGGUGUGUCACAACGUCUUCAGAGACCCGGUGGUCCUGUCCUGCAGCCACAGCUUCUGCAGAGACUGUGUGAAGACCUGGUGGAGACAGAAGCCGGGAUGGGAGUGUCCGGUCUGCCAGAGGAGGUCCUCAAAAGAGGAACCGCCUGUGAACCUGGCCCUGAAGAACCUGUGUGAGUGGUUCCUCCGGGAGGAUGGGGCUCAGAGGUCCAGGUCUUCAGAGGCCCUGUGCAGUCUGCACCAGGAGAAGCUCAGACUCUUCUGUCUGGACCACCAGCAGCCGGUGUGUCUGGUCUGCAGAGACUCCGAGAACCACAGCCGGCACUCCUUCAGACCCGUGGACGAAGCGGCUCGGCAGCACCGGCAGCGGCUGGAGGACACUCUGCGUCCCCUGAGGCUCCGGCUGGACCUCUGCCGGGGACUCACCGUCCAGCUGGAGCGGGCCGCGGGACACCUGAAGGUCCAGGCCCGGCACACCGAGACCCAGAUCCAGGAGACCUUCCGGAAGCUCCGGCGGUUCCUGGCAGAGGAGGAGGAGGCCCGGCUGGCCGCCCUGAGGGCGGAGGAGGACCAGAAGACCAGGGCCAUGCAGGACCAGAUGGAGGCUCUGAGGAUGGAGACGGCAGCUCUGGAGGACACGGUCCGAGCCACAGAGCAGGACCUGAGGGCCCCGGAUGUCUCCUUCCUGUCCAGCUACCGGGCUGCGGUGGAGCGAGUGCAGCGCCGCCCCCUGCUGGACCCCCCACGGCUGUCCUCAGGAGCUCUGAUCCACCAGGCCCAACAUCUGGGGAACCUGGCCUUCAACAUCUGGGAGAAGAUGAAGGACCUGGUGUCCUACUGUCCCCUGGUCCUGGACCCGAACACGGCCCAUCCAGAGCUGGUCCUGUCUGAGGACCUGAGCAGUCUGAGUCGAGGAGAGGAGCAGAAGCUUCCGGAGAACCCGGAACGCUUCGGUCCGGCUGUCUGCGUUCUGACCUCCCGGGGCUUCGACUCCGGGACUCACAGCUGGGACGUCCACGUCGGAGACAGCACGGGCUGGGACCUGGGCGUGUUGGCGGCGUCCGUCCACAGAAAGCAGGCGAUCCGGUCCGGGUCCUGGAUGAUCCGGUUCUAUCAGGGGGAAUACUGGGCCCAGUCCCCACCGGCCAACUUAACCUUCCUGUCUGUCCAGAAGACGCUCCGGAGAGUCCGACUGAGUCUGGACUGGGACCCGGGACAACUGUCCUUCUGGGACCCGGAGACCAACACACACUUACACACCUUCAUACACACCUUCAGCGAGAAGAUGUUUCCCUUCUUCUUCAGCAGAGACCAGGAGCCGCUGAGGCUCUGCCCGGUCCGGGUCUCGGUCCAGGUGGAACCGCCGAGUCUCACAUCAGGUUCUGCUGUGGACCUCAGUGUAGCAUCCCGCGUUGAAAAGAUAGUCUCUCAAAACUGAUGUUUCACAACCUUUAUUCACGGCCGUGCAUGUGAAUACACCGUAAGAGCUACAAAAACAUGAAAUAAACACAAUUAGCAUUCUUUUACGGUAUGUUUUUGCCCUUUUAACUAUGAAAUCAAAUAUAGAAAUCACAACUGAUGAACAUGGGCACCGUCUAAUAAGUGAAACUGUUACAACCAUCACUUAAGCAGUCCAUUCAAACUCCACAAAGCAUGAUAAGUUACAUUUACACAAUAAACAUUAACACCAACCUUGUUCCCUCGUCAACCGGGUGCUAAGGAUCCAUAUGCAGUCUUCUUUAAUGCCUUUUACAGCUUUUAUCGUCUUCUUAACCAUAGAGCACACCUUUUCUGUACCUUCACGCUCUCUGACUGCUUCUGCAUACUUUUUGUGACAAUUUUCGGCAGUUGCUAACACUUUACGACAUCUCUGCGCUCUGGGCCCUUCAAAAUAAAGGCGUUCACUAUAUAAUUACUUGAAACUUAUACACAAGAACUCCAUGAAUGAUUUCAAAAUAAAAUAAACCUUAACAAGGUCAUUUACACUCAGAGACACCGGAUCCAGAAGUCCGUGAGGCGGCGGUGGUCUGAGGUGUCAGUGGGCGGGUCUUCAGGCCGACAGCAGCCAAUCACAGUCAGAGCUGCCGGGGUGUGUCCAGAGACAGGGGGAGGUGUGUGUGUGUGUGUGUGUGUGUGUGUGUGUGUGUGUGUGUGUGUGUGUGUGUGUGUGUGUGUGUGUGUGUGUGUGAGUGUGAGCUGUCGGUUCCAGUUCUCUUUCUUGUUCGACUGUGUGUAAGCUGUAAACAAACACGCUGUAGCGUACCUGGUUCUUUCUAAUGGGCUGAAGCAGCUUCAUCUUGAUUUUCACUCGUUUCCAAAGAAGGGAGAGGUCAGACAGAAGUGGGUUCAGGGAUUAGGCGGGGAGGGGUCCGGAUUGGUUAUUAACGAGGGGAGCAGCACGUCUGCAGCCGACAGGCGGCUACGUCCAGGAGCUCAGUGUUAGCCGCCGUAAAACCGAUGCUGUUCCAGGUCUCUUCAGCUGGAACGAGUUCACACCGCUUCCUAGCAGGAGUCGGUGUCGGCCGCUGCUCCACACGGCCGUCUGUGGAGCCGUCUGUCCAGGAAGUGGAGAGAAAACAGACAGAAACGCAGCGAAGGACUGGAGCGUGCUGCGACCCGCCUCCUGCAGGUGAGACACUCCGUCUGUUGUAAACAACGGAUUACACACACAUUUUAUUGUUCUUAUAUAUAUAAAUGUGUGUGUGUGUGUGUGUGUGUCAACAGGGUCUAUUAUUUUAAUAAAUUGUAUAAAGACCAGAGUUAAUCUUUCUUCCGAAUCACCACAGGUGUUCUGGAUGAGGUGUCAGGUUACAUCAGAGACCUGGAGGCCAAACUGCAGUGUUUCCCUGCCGUCCCCAGCCGCCUUCAGCCAGUAUUGUGUUUCUGAUGCUCAGAUCACGUUCUACACAAAAUUUCCAUCUGAGUGUGUGUUUAAUAUCUUCUGGGAACACACUGCACCAUCUGCUCCAUUGUUUUCUAUGAGAAUUGAUGUAUAAAUAAAGUUUGAUU